UGUGCUUUAUGUUGCCAAGGCUACCGCCAAGGCACCCUUUGAUUUGCAGUGUUUUUUUUUCUUACCGUAACAAAACAACAAAAUGCGAAAUACAGCGGACGAGCAGGCGUUUUCCAGUGCGAUUGUUUGUAGUUCUAGUAAUUUACGGAAAUCCAAGUUUUCUCAAAUUACGGAAUACCAAGAGGAACGUUUCUUUGCGAAUGUUUGGGUGCAACUACUCUUGUUCAUAAACGUUUAUUUCAGUUGGAUUUGGUUGGCAUCUAAUUCUAUUACACUAUACUAUGAAUAUUUCAACCUUACAACAAUACAUCGUGUGUUAUCGGUAUUGUCCUUGACGAUUGCAGCCCCAAUUGAAUGUCUUCGAUUGUAUUUAGGUUAUUCUGGAAAUCUUUUGGACAAGAUACCCGAUUUUGCUGGCUUCUGGAUACUUUCUGUCUUCAUACAAACUCCGUUGCAAAUUUACUUGAUGACCAGUGAACCUGUUUUAAAAUAUACAACUAGUAUUGUAGUGCAGGGCUUCCAAUGUGCAUUGCUUGUGCUGCAAGUUGGUUCUAGCUUUUCGGUUAUCCGGCGAGCGUCACACUUUCGAAGGGAACAGUUCCAGAGCCAAAAAUCAAACAUCCUCGAAGGUCGUCAAAAUAGUAACAUUUCCAUUAUUAGUGACUAGAGUAAAGUCUAAUAAAACCGUUGCUAAACU